AUGGACUUGGGAUACAGAGGUCCAAAAUUUACUUGGUUCAGAAGGAAUGGCGAAGAAGCGGGCAUAUUUGAAAGACUUGAUCGUGGGGUUGCAAACCCGGCGUGGAUAAAUACCUUUCAUGAAGGGUAUAUACAGCAUUUAACAACAGCUUCCUCGGAUCAUAGGCCAAUUAUUUUGAGAACAAAAAAUAGAGACAAAGGGAGGAACCGUCCAUUGACAUCAGAAGGGUGCGAAGAUGCUGUUAGAAAUUCAUGGGAUAAGGAGGAAAGAGAUGGAGAUAUGGAAAACCUCCUUGAGCGUAUUCAGUUAUGUUCUUGGAAUUUAGGAGAAUGGAGCAAAAGAGACUUUGGAGAGAUUACCAAUCUUCUACAGGAAAAGAAAAAAAAGUUGCAUAAGCUUGGAGAGGAACCCAGAACUGAGGACAUUGUCCAACAAGAAGCUGACUUGAGAAGAGAAGUAAAUGUGCUCUUGAUAAAAGAAGAAAAGAUGUGGCAUCAGAGAUCUAGAAUUAAUUGGCUACAAAGCGGGGAUCAAAAUACUAAAUUCUUCCACACUCACGCUUCUAGGAGAAAGAGGGGCAAUUGGAUUCAAGGAAUUGAAGAUAAUGAUGGAGUUUGGCAUGAAGAUAUAGAUAAAAUUGAGGAUGUGGCUGCACAAUAUUUCACAAACCUUUUCACAUCAAUGAGACCUCAGCUAGAUGAAUAG